UUUAUUCUAUAUUUGAGAUCUUAGAAUUCCUGUAGCACUCCCAAAGGUUCCUAUUUUCAAGGGAUUUACAGAAGCCAUCACACUUUUCAAUUUGAACUCUGAAUACCCCACUUUUCCUUACGACAUCCCUAAGCAGCUUUGAGAGUGAACAUCCUUUUCCUGUCGUCAGCCAGCCAGUCACUUUAUUCAGAGGACCAACUGUGACUCACUGAAACUACUCACAGGAUCGUCUCGGAAAAAUUAAUUGGAUCACCAGCGCUAAAGGUUUGACUGAUUCGGAAGCAGCGUACUGCUGUGUUGCAAGAUGCAGUGUUUAACACAUCGACUGGAACUGUUUCCUGACUGCCUUGUUACUCUUAUCCUGUUUAAUGAUGUGAAAAAUGCUGCCAUGCUAAGAAAAAAAGCAAUGGAAGGAGCUAUUGAUGGAGCAUUAAUUAAUCCUGCAAUGAUUGUUGAUCCAUUUCAGUUACUCGUGGCAACGAAUAAAGCUGUACAUCUCUACAAGAUCAAUAAAAUGAAGACAAGAACUCUUAACGCUGAAAUAAUAUUCAACCUUUCCCCGAACAAUAAUAUUUCAGAUGCCUUCAGAAAGUUUGGCAUUUCGGACAGUGACACUGCAGUACUCAUUGUUCUGGUUGAAGACCAAGAGAAAACCAUGAAUCUGGACGACGUAAUACGUCAAGUGGAAGGCCAGCAAGUCCCCUUAGCAGACCUCCCCAAAAUAACAGACCUACAGAAAGUUAAAAAGUUGUACAAACUCACCCCACAGGAAGAAACAAUAGGCACGCUGCUGGAUGGCAUCAUUUGUAGAAUGGCAACUAAAGAUGUUUCAUGAAAAAAAAAAGUUAGGACAUUGAAACAGUUUUAGCCUGAAACAAAUGUUUCUUUCAAUUUUUCUGUUUGGUCGAACCAGUGUUAAAAUGCCCUGAAGUCUAACUCUUAUUUUGUUUGAAAAUGGAAGCUGUCACAAUUUUAUUACAAACAUGGAAGAAUGUUUGGGUAUUUUGAUUAUUUUAUAAUCAAGAAGUAAAAGUUUAUUGUUCACUGUAUUUUUGCAUACUGCCCUUCUGGCAAUGUACGCCAGGCGGGGCACAAUUUAAAAGACUAAAAGAGAGAGGGAGUAAAAGAUACAAAAAGCAAAACAAUAAAAUGACAGCAUUCUCUCGG